AUGGCGGACUCUUCGCCGGAGGAGGGAGUUACGGUGGCUAACCGCCAAUAUUACGCCAGCGUUUCCAGCGAAGAGUUGGCUACAAUGUACGAUGACUUGAUACAACCGACGCCUGCUCCCAAUUCCGUUCCAGGAGGCAUAAAUGACGCGGGUGAUGACGCACGUGUUAUCGCCGAGGAAACGACCGCCGCUCGCGCGCAAAACUUGAAAUCAGAAGAUGAAUGUAGCAUUAUCGAGAACGAUAAACCUGUGGAAAAUGCAGAAAAGGGAGAACAUCCCGUUGUGCAUGACAUUUAUAUCAUGCCGCCAGAAACCCAGCGAUAUGACUCAAUAGACCUUUCGUCGAGGGGGCCUCCAACAUUUGGCGAUUCUGACAGAUUCAUGGGCAGAUCAUAUGACGACGAAUGGAGUUAUCCGAAGGCAUUUUCCAACGCGUCGAACAACUAUAUGGUGGUUAGGAACAUUAGGCAGGACACGAGAGACGCAACCCUAAGUUUCGGUUACGACGAGGCGCAACAUUCCGCUGCCCCGUACCCUGACAUUAUAGAAGCGGUCAAUUACUACAUGCCUUCGCCCCAGAAGCAACGCCAUGAUGCGCCGUUCCAUGGGGAGAAUGAAAGGAGGCCUGACUACACGGUGAGCAACAUGGGAGGGGACACCACCGCAUCGACGCAUAGCAGGUACAGCAACGAGGAAGAGUACUCCGGAGCAUACGAGGGGUACAGCGGAGAUGAGUCAAACAGUCCUGUGUCAACCGGCAAUGGCGAACGACGCACCAGAUGCCGGACGCGCAACGUACAUCGGAGCGCAGUACGAAAUGCAUCUCCACCUUCAGAAAGUGCGCAAUCUUUGGAUUCCGAAACUAACGACGGCGCUUCACCGUCGCUGCGAAGCACAGGGUUAUUUGAAGUCCCGUUGAAUGUCUGUUCCAUGUCACGUAUCAUUGACCCUUUCAAAGGCUUCUCAAAGGUGCAUACGGCACGUGCGGUGAAGCUGCUGCAUUUUACCAAGCAGGGCGAUCGUACACUAUGUAGCCUGGUUAAAUCAGCGGCUAAAAUCAUCCAGACGCAAGUUAAAGAUUUGCAAGUUGUGACGAUUGGGGUAUGCGGCGAUUCGAGAACGGGAAAGAGCUACCUCGCUAGCAUGCUAGUGAAUAAGCCGACCAAAUCGUUCAGGUGCUCGGAAGCUUAUUCCGCUAAGGGGGCCAUGAACCAAAUGCACCAGCCACCAGAGGGAGCUGUGUGGGCGUAUGUAGGUGUUUAUCAGGAAAAGUAUGCGUAUAUAUACCUUGAUGUUGACGGGUUCGAAAACCACCAAGCGCAGCGCAUUGACAUGAUCAAGUUUUUGCUGUUAUUGAGUAACUGUGUGAUAUGCAACGUUGCCAAUCCGCCGAGGACGGGGAUUUACGAUAUGGUGCGCGCAAUGAUAGACGUCGUUAAGCACGACCGAAUGAGCUUCGAAGAGGACGUGAGUGCGCUGGAGAUGCAGGAAACCAUAGAGGAAUUCACAAAGAAGACGUCAUUCCUGCUGAACGAACAAAACAUACUGUCUAAAUCGUUCGAGUCGAAGGAGCACGAAAGCAUAGAGGCUGCUGAAGAGGUGCGCUCCGACCUGGGCGAAGCCAACCUGUGGAAGGCACCCAUAGUCCAUUUCGUUUUCAGGGACAGUGAGGGGCACGUAAAAUGCAUGGAUGACCGCCUUUAUACUCCUGAGACACUAGUGGAACAGGGGAUAUUCGAACACUACGCCAAUAUCUUCAACUGUAAUCGCAGGGAUAGGGGCAUGGAUUUCAAAAAUGACAUGUUGGACGCAUUUGAAAUCUUUACAAACAGGAAAUACACAUCGCUGCCGUGCCCCGUUGUCGUUCCAAAGUCCUUGAGCAUAGCCGAUCGCUCUUCCGCGUUGAACGCUAAGGAUGCUCUAAAACGCAUAUUCGCCACACUGCUAGCGCCCGCAAACGCAGAAAUAAUGUCGGCGGAUGUGGCAGUGGGAUCUCAGACGCGUCUCAUCGGAGGCAACGCACCAAUCGGCCAACCAAAUAUUAGCAGCAUCCCCAACCACCUGCUGAGCCCGCUGUUCUGUGAGCGACUCGACGAAGUAAAAGCAUGCGUUUAUCAAGACACCUUAUCACAUGUGCAAUCGCAUUCGCAUAUGAAUGGCGGCAUGUUUGUAAACUACCUGAAGCAGCUGAUUGCCCACUUCAACGCACAUGGGAUGAUCAAACUCAGGGACGCCAAGACGAUCAUACGUGACGUGCGUGUAAAGGAAAAUGUAAAUAUUAGUAGAGAGGUUAUCGUACAGUUCUUCAAGGGCCUGAAACAUCACGUGGUUAUGCAGCUGCCGAUAGAGCCGAGAGUGCUGUUAUCGCGCUGUAUGCGGCUGAAGCAAAAAAGCCUGCACGAUUUCCAGACGCGUGUUUUAGGCGAUCAGGCCCUAUAUCGUGAACAGUAUGAGUACCUCGAGAAGUCGCUCGACGGCCUCAUAGAGAAACUGGAAGUCAAGAACGACAAAAUCGCUAACGACGCUGCAGUGGCCAUGUUUGACAAGUGUGCCAAAAGCUUGGACGAGAAGCUCGCCUCAGAGCAGUACACUUACGAUGAACUGCUUGUUGACAUCGCCAAAAUGCGUAAAAUGUUCCUGGAAAAGUUCAAGGGACACAGCGACGUAACUGAGAAGGUCUUUCCACAGUUAACCAGGCAACUUUACCGUCGGUAUGAAGAACAUCACCCGAAAUCUCCUACCCCCAAUAUGGCGCUAAUAUCUAAGCGGCAAGUGAUUUAA